UCACACAAAUUUAUCCCCCGGGUACUAAAAAUGAAAUUCCGUUUCUUGUUCAUCGUGUCUGUAAUAAAUUAAGAACCCUAAAUAAAUUUUAUUAAGAACCCUAGAUACGAUUACCGACCUUCAAUACAUAAAUCAUCAAUUUCCGAUCUGGAGUAGGGUAGAAGACAAAGUGAAAAGGGAAAUUAUAUACUCGAACAUUAUCUGGUUUCGGAAUUGUUAGCAUCAUUUCUUCCAAUGAGUCAGAGACAUGUUACCUUGAGAAAUUAAAACAUCACCCGUCUAACUUCUGAGAUACUGUAUCUCCUUUUCCUACGGAUUAUGAAAACUCUUAUGAGUUAUGACCUUACCAACGAAACUACGCUGCCCGGCUGCAGUUGAGCUAACAUAUCAAGAGAGUCAUAAACACUGGUCUCAAUCUUUUGAUUUUGGCGCCAAAACCCAGUUGCGAGUAUUUAUUUGAGCGCAAGAGACGAAAAGAUAAUCGAAUAAAGUAAGUAUGAAGUCGAAACCGUUGUUUUCAUCAGACAGAGGAUUUGGGCAACUUUCACUUUCUAAGUCUUUUCCGAUCAAACCCUUAUCUAGCGAUUCCAAUAAUGAAGAAGGAAAAAUUAAACUAUUAAAGAAGAAUCCAUCAAUUUCCCUCUCUGAAUUUCUAAACCGAAAAGUCACCUCAAAUUCCAAUCCAUCUAAAACAAUUCAGAAUAAGCAGAAACCUUUUCUAGGGAUUGAGGGUAAAGUUGGAAACAAAAGAGGGAUAUCUGAGGGUGAUACUGUUGUUCUUGAUGAAUCUGUUUUCAAACAGUUUAAUCAUUCUAAAAAGGAAAUAGAGAGAGAAGUAGAGGAAUGCAGAGAAGUAGAUGGUGGAAGUGAACCCGAAGGCUCUACUGAACCAGAUUUGACGAAACCAUGCAACCCUUUUUGUGUUUCCUCCAAAGGUGGAGAUGAAAGGACUACCACUCCAACUCCAAAGCACUUGGUAGUUCUUGGAGAUGAUCCAAAACCUAAGCAGAAGCAGAGAGAGGAGAUAUUUACUAGAAACAAGAAGCAAAGGCCUCUCUAUAACCACUUUUUCUCCAGAUGCAAAUGGCAGUGGAUGGUGGGACUGUGAUAUGGAGGGUGUUGACAACGAAGAAGUAGGCUGCAAUGAAACAGGGGAAGGCAUGGGUUCAACUACUUUGGGAGGACUUGACUGGCACUGAUGAUCUAAUCCAAGCAUUCCAUAAAGAAAGCAUCAUUGAUGUUCACUUCAACUGUGAACUUGUUCUCUUCCAUUUACGCGUGCCUUUUCUCUUCUUCGUUUCAGUUUGUUGCAGAUCUAGGGCUUUACGCUGUAAAUUUGUUGGGCAUUUGGAAUUAAUCUGACUUUGUUGGCAACUGGGUUUUAUAGCAACCUGAAUAUUCAAGCUUCAUCCUUCACACA